AUGGCGGCCCUCGCUGCCGCCCUCAUGAGUGCGGACGCCUCGGUCCUCGCUUUGAGUGGCCCUCUCUCCCCUGCGACGGCCGGCAAGGGUGCCGACGCACAGGUGGACCUCACCCCGAUGCCAUACUCCCCGCCAAAGCUCAGCUUUUCCAAUCCGUACAAGGCAUACGCGGGCGGCAACAUCCCGGGCUGGGAGUAUGGUGGCGAGACUUCGCUCAACAACGACUACAUAAUGCUGACGACUGCGACGUCCAACAAGUUGGGUUGGAUCUGGACCACGGAGCCCAUCGAGAUCGACGACUGGGAGGUGCAGCUCGAGUUCCACAUCGGCGGCGACCCGCGCCAGUCGACGGGAGGCGGCAUGGCGGUCUGGUUCACAGAGCAGCAGGGGCGCGCCGGCGCGAUGUACGGCCAGAGCGACGACUUCCGCGGCGUCGGGAUACUGUUCGACUCGUACGGCGGCGGCGAGAGCGGCGAGCGAGUCGAGCCCUUCGUGGCGGUCGAGCACCAGGUCGGCAUCUGCUACGCCGCCUACCGCAACCUGAAGAACAUCGUGCGCGCUCGCAUCGCGUGGACCAACGGCCAGCUCCGCGUCUGGCUCGACCUCACCUCCUCGAACCACUUCCAGCCCUGCAUCGAGACGGUGAACUUGCGCGAGCUUGCCAAGCAAGACAAGCGGUACGACUUGCCUCGUGUCGGACACUUUGGCGUCACCGCCAUGACGGGCGCUCACGCAGACACGCACGUCGUCUACUCGCUCGCCGUCCCAGACGACGUCCGCGUGCACGCGGGCGGCGAGGACGCGGCGCACCCGGAGCGGCCGGCCGUGGCGACCGACCCGACCGGGGACCAGGCGGCGCCCGCGACGGCGGACGAGUACCUCUCUCGGUUCGCGCACGAGCUGCUCGGCGGCGGAGACGGCCUCGUCGCGCCCGGCGCACCCGGCGCGCCUGCCGCCCCGGGCGCGCCCGCCGCGCCCACGAACGAGGUGACCGCCGCCGAGCUGAGCGCGAACACCGAGCAGCUCAAGUCUGAGCUGCGCGACGCGGCUCAAAAGACGCAGGCCCGCCCGCUGCUUGCCGGAGGCCGCGCCGGCGGCGCUGCCGCGCUGCGCGCCGAGGUCGCGCCCGUGCGCACGCUGCAGUCCGGGCUCGAGGGGCGGCUCAAGGCUGUGGAAGCCUCGGUGGCCGAGCUCUCGAGGGGCCUGGGCGAGGCGCGGAGGGAGGGGCAGGAGGUGCGCAACGCGGUCAACACCCUGCUGGAGCGCUCCGCCGCGCAGGGCUCCGGCUCCCUCGGCCUGGUCGGGAUGGGCGUCUGCGCGCAGCUGCUCGUGGUGGCCGCGUUUCUGUACUACAAGGCGUCAAACAACAAGCGCCACCUCUUGUGAGCUCGCCCGCGCGAAACGGGGUCGCUUCUCGGCAUCCAAGGUCAGUCAGACAUGACAGUCAGAGUCGAUGGUCGCGGCGUCCGGCGCGCUGCGCAUCGGAGAGGAGGGAGGGAGAGAGGGAGCUGCUGCGCCCCAACCCGAUCCGUCCCCUCCGGCAUGCCUUGCGGGGGCUCGGCGCACGACGGGCUGACCAACCAGGCCCACACGACAUAAAAACGCCGCGCGGCGCGCAAAGAGAGCAGAGUGGCUUUUUAGCUCUCUUAUCAAUUUCAAGUUGAGACGAGGUU